UUCAAACGUCGUCGUUUCAUCGACCUUCUUCAAUUCUUCAAAACCCCCCUAACUUUCCCAUCAUUUUGAUUUCCAAAAUAAAUUAAAAUGGCAAUAAUUUUCUUCCUCCUCUCUCUUUCUUCGCUCCCAUUCCUUGAAUCGUCCCCUGACUCAAUCACUAUCCUCCGAGCCAACUCAACGAUUUACAGCCCCAACCGAACUUUCGAGCUCGGUUUCUUCACUCCGAACCCACAACUCGGCAACAUUUAUCUCGGAAUAUGGUAUGCCUCUCUUCCGACCCGAACCUAUGUUUGGGUUGCUAAUCGCCAUACCUCUCUCAAAGAUAACACCUCUGCUUCGCUUUCUCUCUCCUUUGACCAGCUCACCGUGUCUGACUCCGUCAACUUCGUUGUAUGGAGGUCUGAAAAUCUCCGUCCUGGUUCUCACCUCAGCCUCCUCGACUCCGGCAACCUUGUGCUUCUCUCUGCUUCAAACGACAUCGUUUGGCAGAGCUUCGACCACCCUUCCGACACGUGGCUACCUGGAAUGAACCUCAGCGCUGCUGGGUCCCUCACUUCGUGGAAGUCCUUGUUGGACCCUUCCCCUGGGAGGUAUUCCCUGAGGUUGAGACCACCGGCGUACGGUGAGAUCGAGCUUCUUUAUAACAGUACGAUGUCGUAUUGGAGUACCGGGAACUGGACCGGGGGCUCCUUCGCGAAUGUUCCGGAGAUGACGGUGGCGUACAUUUACCAGUUUUAUUUUAAGAAGGUGUUCACCAAAACAGCGUCGUUUGGGUUCUCGGAGGUUCCGGCGGCGACAGAAAACGGACCCCCGCCGUUCACCAGGUUCCACGUCAGCCCUACCGGGGAGCUCCGACAGUACACGUGGUCCCCGCAGACGGAGUUUUGGAACUCGUUCUGGGCCCGACCCGAAUCUCAAUGUCGGGUCUACGGGCUGUGCGGGGCGAACGGGAUAUGUUACGGCGAGAAUUUGAGGUCGUGUGGGUGCCCGCUUGGUUUCGAGCCCGCGGACGGGUUUGGUUGGGCCGGGGGGGAUUACUCCGGUGGGUGCCAGAGAUUGGGCAGUGGAGGGGAAGAGGGUGUGUGUGGGAAGGAUGACGGGUUUGUGAAGGUGGGUGGAAUGAGCUUCGAAGGAGCGAAAACGGUGUCGUUGCGAAGUGUGGGUAGCAAGGGUGAGUGUGAGAAGGGUUGUUUAGGGAAUUGUUCUUGUGUUGGGUUGGUAUAUAAUGAGAGGAUUAAUUUGUGCAAGAAUUUGUUUGGGGUUCUGAUUAACAUGAGGAAUUCGACCGCCGACGAUACCAUGGGCGGUGAUAAUGAGGUUUUGUAUCUUAGGGUAGGGAAAAAUGGAUUGAAAACCAAGGGUUUGAGUCACAAUAUGAUUGUUUUGAUUAGUAUAAUUUCUGGGUUAGUGGCAAUUUCAGUGGUUAUGUGUUUGAUUUUGUUGGUUGUAAGAAAGGAAGUGAGGAGGAGAAGGAAAGAGGAAGAAGAGGCAGCUUUAGCAGCAACUCAUUUGAGGGUUUUCUCCUAUAAGGAGCUCCAUGGGGCAACCCGAGGAUUCUCCGAGAAGCUUGGGCACGGUGGAUUUGGGACGGUGUUUCGUGGCACAUUGUCGGAUUCUUCUCUCGUGGCGGUGAAACGCCUUGAACGGCCAGGCAAUAGCGGAGAGAAAGAGUUUCGGGCUGAGGUAUGUACAAUUGGGAAUGUUCAGCAUGUGAAUUUGGUUAGAUUAAGGGGUUUUUGCACUGAGAAUUCUCAUAGGUUGUUGGUUUAUGAAUACAUGCCCAAUGGUCCGUUGAGUGCAUAUUUGAAGAAAGAUGGUAAUAAUAUGAGUUGGGAUGUUAGAUUUAGGGUGGCAAUUGGGACGGCCAAAGCUUUAGCUUACUUGCACGAAGAAUGUAGACAAUGUAUCAUUCAUUGUGAUAUCAAGCCUGAGAAUAUCCUUCUUGAUUCGGAUUAUAUCGCAAAAGUGUCUGAUUUUGGGCUAGCUAAGUUAAUAGGGCGUGAUUUUAGCAGGGUUUUGGCAACAAUGAGGGGAACUUGGGGGUAUGUAGCUCCAGAAUGGAUAUCUGGAGUGGCAAUUACCAAUAAGGCAGAUGUUUAUAGCUAUGGAAUGACAAUGUUGGAGCUUAUUGGAGGUAGAAGAAAUGUGGAAGCACCACCACCCUCACCACCUAAUAAUACAGAUGGGUGUGACGGGAGUGAUGGGACCCAUGGUAGUGGUGAUACAGGUGGUGGUGGUGAUAAGUGGUUCUUCCCACCAUGGGCAGCUAGGAAAAUAAUAGAGGGUAACAUGGAAGAGGUAGUGGAUUCAAGGCUAGGUGUGGCAUAUGAUAGAGUGGAGGCAGAGAGGCUUGGGAUGGUGGCGAUUUGGUGCAUACAAGACGACGAGGAGGCAAGGCCUUCAAUGGGAUUGGUGGUGAAGAUGUUACAAGGGGUUGUAGAGGUAAGUGUUCCUCCACCUCCUAAACUUCUUCAAGCUUUAGUAGCCGAGGAGUCUUCUGUCGGGGUUGUUUCUGGAAAUGUAGUUUCAGAUGUUGCCGGUUUUGGUUCUGAUGAUAAUAAUAACAUUAGAAUUUCUGUAGAUUCAGCAGCAUCCUCCCAUUCUCCUAGUCUUAGUAAUGCUGCUUCAGUAGCUACAAAUGCAAGUGUAUAAUAGAUGUAACUUAAUUCUGUUAUCUAAUGUGUAGUUAGUUUAAUGCAAAAGGCCAUCAUUUUUUAGUGCUGAA